AUGGCGGCGCACAGUGAUUCUGACGAAGAUGAAACGUUUGUUUCAAUUGGAACGGCUUUGGAUGUUCCUGAUAAAGAUGAGCCAGUUAAAAAGCCUAUCACUGUUCAAGACAUGUCUGUCAAGGACAGUAAAGGACGAGUUCGGUUCCAUGGAGCCUUCACAGGUGGCUUCUCUGCUGGGUACUUCAACACAGUGGGAUCCAGAGAAGGAUUCACCCCUUCCACAUUUGUUUCAUCAAGAGAGAAGCGGACAGAUGGCUCAGGCUCGGGACAAAGACCAGAGGAUUUUAUGGAUGAAGAGGAUAUUAGUGAGCAUGGAAUAGCCCCCAGGAAGUUUGUAACGAGUGCCCAGUUUACCUCGGAAGAGAGGAAGAAGCGGACAUUUGAUGAGGCCAAACUUGCAACAGCAGAUUCCAUUUUGGGAGGGGACACAACACUGUUAAACCUAAUUGUCCCUGAAAGAAUUACUGUAGGAGUGCGACUAUUGAGAAAGAUGGGCUGGAAGGAAGGGCAGGGAGUGGGACCCAGGUUGUCAAGGAAACAGAAACAAGCUGAAGGCAGAAGGAUCUAUGGCUGCACUGGGCCACCAAGCCCCGACAGUGGAGACGACGGUCUUGAUGAUGAAACAGUCUUGUCUGACGUCACAUUUGCUCCGACUGACACAGCGCAUAUACUGCUUGGUGCCAAGGACAACACCCAUGGUCUAGGCUACAGCGGGUUGGACCCCAGGAAAGCCCUGCCCUCUACACACAUCAACCUGUUUGAGGCCCCAACUGUACGGAAAUCUGGCGCCAGUAGAAGAGGAAUACGAGGACAGGGGUUUGGUGUCGGUGCUCUGGAGGAUGAGGAUGAUGAUGUCUACGGUAUGGAUGACAUGUCCAAAUAUGACAUGACGAUGGGCGAUGAGGGAGAUGACAAGUUUGGAUGGACUGCACCAACUCAUAGGGGUCAGAAGCAGCAGACACCAGUGGGCUAUGUGGGGCAACUGCUAGAUGGGUUUUCUCUCUCCUCCAAGAAACUGGUCCAGAAGAAAGACUUCCCACCCCCUUCCCUCCCCAGGGACUUUAGACCAGUGCACAGAUUCAAAAAGUCAGAUGACCAGUCAAUAGUAAUGACUAGAAACCAGUCCAGUACAGGUGUGGACUACAGGCAGUUCCUAAAACCUUCUGAUGCUGGGCCCAGCCCUGUGCCUGGAACCAGCAGCUCUGGUUUGGUUCCAGGCUCAGCACCUGUCAGUGUGGGUCAAGGUUCAUCAGCUAGGGAGAAGCGCCAUGAUGCUACAAGUAGAGGUGUCGCUCUCGGGGAGCAGGCAUUUGUUGGAUCUGUGUUUGAUCUUAUACCCAAGGAAGAAAAGGAGAGAAUAAAUCAAGCCAAGCAAAAUACUGAUACCACAGCAAUCGUGAACUUCCCUUUAAGAACAUUUGUCAGUUCUGAGACACUUGAAGGUAGUGAAGAUCAACCUAAGGGAGAUAAUUCCACUACUACUGAAUCUACCUCCAAUGUUGAAGAGCAUAGAAAGAGUGGUGUCCCUUUAUUCCAGGGAGCAGCCAUUUUCAAACCAUUCAGCAAAGAUCCAGCUAAACAGUUGCGAUAUGAUAAAUAUCUAGAAGCAGUCAAACAUGGGCACAAAGACCCAUACCUGUUAGUUGGUAUGCCCGGAAAAACAGAUUGGGAGAAAGAGAGAGAGCGGGAGGAAUUUAGCAAGGCCGCCCACCUGUACCGACCUCUAGCAUCAAUGAUGGCCGCACGAUUUACACGUGCAGGAACAAUUGAGGAUGGUGAGGAAGAUGUAAAGGCUGAACAAAAAAUUGACCAGACAGACGCAGAGAAAGCAGCUUCCAUGAAGAUGUACGGGAAGCUGACUAGGGAGGACGAAGAGUGGCACCCUGACAAUCUAGUCUGUAAACGAUUUAAUGUGCCAAACCCAUACCCAGGGUCUACAAUAGUUGGCCUAAUUUCAGCAAAGAGGGACAAGUACUCUGUGUUCAAUUUCCUUAACUUCGCUAACCCAACAGAGAUGGCCUAUGAUAGGAGGGGGUCCCAACCCCAGGAAAUACCACCUCCAGAAGAAACGAAAAAAGACAAUGCUAAAACUGAUACAGAUAAGACUGAUACUACUAGUAAGGUUGAUAAAGAAUUGAACAAGGGAAAAGCCAUGAAAUCAAUAUUCAGCCAUCUUAUUGAUGCUGAAAAAGGGGCACAAAAGGCAUCUAACCUGAAAAGUGAUAAACCGGUUUCAUUUAGUGUUAAAUCUGUACAAUCAAACAAACCUAAAGAGUUUAAGUCUAUAUUUAGCCAUCUUGAGAAAGGGGAGAAUACUGUGAAACCUGCACCUGUUGCCAUGGAAACAGAUAACGAUGAAAAUGCUGCGGAUGCUGGUAAAACAGCAGCUGGGAAGUCUGUCAGUAAAACAGACAAGUUUGCUGAACUUGUUGAAAAAUCAGAGACUGAUGGUGCUCCAGCUAUGGACCUGUUCAGAGCUAUAUUUAGAAACACUGACUCCGAGGAUAGCUCCAGUUCUGAGGAGGAGGAUGGAGAGGAUAGUUCCUCAAAACUACCAGAUGCACAGGAUAGUUCCUUUCAACCAGCUUUUUCAAUCUCCGACUCAGUUGAGGCCACUCCUGCCACAUCACUACCAGGCUUUACUGCCCCACACCAACAGUCCACAUUAGCAGCCUCUGGAUCCUCCGUAGCCCUGCCCCCAGAGGUCAGACCCAUGGAGACUGGAAAGGGGUCAGCUGGUCAGCCCCAGGAUUCCAGUGGGGAUGAAUCAGAUGCAUAUGGACCUGCUUUACCUCCUUCCCUACCACAAGGUGCUGCAUCAGCAUCAAAUGAUAAAUGGAGAGACCCGCCAGCUGGUGACUUCAUUGAUCUCACUAAUGAUAAAUCGAGAAACCGGCCAGCUGGUGAUAUCAUUGAUCUCACUAAUGAUAAAUCGAGAGACCGACCACCUGAUGACUACGUAGACCUUACAAAAGAGUCAACCAAAAAACACAAACACAGACACAGAGACAAACAUAAACACAAGAAAGAGAAAAAGGAGAAGCGAAAGAAAAGUAAGCACAAGAAGAAAGGCCGCAAAAAGGAGAAACGUUCCAGACAUAUCAAUGAAAGUUCUGACUCUUCUGAACGGGAGGAGAGCAGUGACGAGGAUGAUAGGGAAACAGACAAGGAAAUAAUCAAUAGGCUGAAGUCAUUGAAAUCAGCACAGAGACAGAGGGCGGUAGACUUCAUGUAAACAGAUUCUCAAGCUGUUGGUCUUACACAUUUGAUGGACUUUUCCUUAUCUAGUGCUGUUAACUGUGAUAAUUUGUGUUUUCUCCUUGAUGCAUUACAGAUUUAAAACAAUUUUCAUUACAACAGACAACUAUACUUUUUAAGCGGAAUAAAGAAAUUGUUAUUAAUAACAAAAAUUGUCUUAAAUGAUGUCCAGUUGUUUAAUGAUUACAUGUUUUUUAUCACAGUUAUUUUACACAUAAAUGUUACUGUGAUACAGCGAUACAAACUACAUGGUACUUCUCAAAGUUAGUGACAAUUGUCACACUUAGAUCAUCAUUAAAAAUUGCUUUUUCUUCGAGAACCGCUAUGGUUAUGCAUGCUCAGUUUCUUUAUUCCAUUAGUUUAUUAAGAUAUAUAUAUGAUAUUUAAUUAUGAAAAAAAUAAAAAUCCAAUCUCCCAUUAACUUCCAGGGAACUUGGUUGCCCUUUCACAGACGAUAAACUGUCAAUGUGAAUGUAUCUUCAGGAAUAAUCUGUGAUUUAAAGUAGACUGUAACCAGGUCCUGGCUUAAUCAGAUAAAGGAAAUUUUAACUUGAUUGUUGAUUCAGUUGUUCUAUUUUCUUCAUAAAUGUUUAAAAUUUAUUUCCUUGAUAUUCCUUUUUUCUGGCGCUCUUGUAAUAUUUAAGCCUAAUCAUUCAUAAAAGGGUUAGGUUUACAAGUCACAUUUUUAGCCCCGCAAUUAUUAUUUUUUAAUUUAAAUUUCAUCAAACUAUAUUUCUAAUACUUUAUUAAAAAUUGUUUUAGAACUUCACAGAGUUAAAAAUGUGAAUUUUUCCCCUUUUUCAUGUAUUUGAUCAAAUACAAUGAGUUGCUCGAUAUUGUAACAUAAAAAAUAUUAAAACCAAACACUUUGUGUAUGUGUAUACUAGGCAAAAUAUGAAUGUUGAAGGAUGCAGCCACUCUGGAAAAAAGGAAAAUAUUAAAUGCUCAAAUAAAAAUAAAAAGCCA